UCACUUCACAAAUUUGAUACAAAGCUGAUAACAUCUUUGAUUGGCAGCCCACUACAAUAUCCUGUGAGCCAGAAUGAAUUCCACGGACACUGACAAUGAAAGCUCCACUAUAGGACCUACUAGCAGUCCUGUAUAUGACUACUCUUAUGAGUACUCUUCUAUCGACUACGAUAUCAUAGACUUAUAUGCUCCAUGUCAAUAUAAGCGACAUGGUGCCACUUUUCUUCCUACCAUCUACACCAUUUUCUUCCUGCUGGGCGUUCUGGGUAACUCUCUGGUCUUCUGGGUCAUUAGUUGUGGGGUGCGACUCCGCAGCAUGACUGAUGUGUGCUUAUUAAACUUGGCCAUCGCUGACCUCCUUUUGGUGUGUUCCCUGCCCUUCCUAGCCCACCAAGCCUGGAACCAAUGGGUGUUUGGGGAUAUUAUGUGCAAAGUGGUCUUGGGCAUUUAUCAUAUUGUCUUUUACUGUGGGAUCUUUUUUAUCAGUCUAAUGAGCAUUGAUCGGUACCUGGCUAUAGUGCAUGCUGUUUAUGCUUUGAAAGCACGUACACGCUCCUUUGGAAUGAUUGCAGCUGCUGUUACGUGGCUGGCGGGAUUUCUGGCUUCUUUUCCUGAACUGAUCUUCCUCAAAGAGCAAGUCGUUGCUUCAGGGGAAAAAGUUUGCUCUCCUGGGUUUCCCCAACCAAAACAGGAUCCUAACAAUCUCCACUACUGGGAGAUCUUCAGCCUCUUUAAAAUGAACGUUGUGGGUCUACUUGUACCGAUGGGCAUCCUGGGUUUCUGCUACUCACAGAUCAUCUGGAGGUUGCUGAACAGCCAGUCAUCCAAGAAACAAGCCAUCCGCCUUGUUCUCAUAGUGGUAGCUGCUUUCUUCUGGUGCUGGAUCCCCUACAACGUUACAUCAUUUUUCAAAGCACUGGAGCUCAGACAAAAUUAUACAACAUGUGAAAGCAGCCAAACCAUCAGACUGGCUUUGCAAAUCACAGAGGCCAUUGCUUACUCUCACAGCUGCCUUAAUCCCAUCCUGUAUGUGUUUGUCGGGGAGAAGUUCAGGAGGCACCUGGUGCGGAUGAUAAACAGAACUCCCUGCAGACUGUGCCAGAUGAUCAAAGUCUUCAUACCACAGGACAGAAUCUCUGCAUCAGUCUACUCACAAACUACCAGCGUGGAUGAGAGGAACACUGCGGUGUAAACUAGGACAUUUGGCGGAUGUGCUUUUUUUUUUUUUAACCAUUACAUGUAUGUGCUUGUGGUCAGCUCCAAAAUGAGGACAUGCCCAGUAAAAAUAGAGUGUUGUGGCCCAUUGCUCAUUUCUAAAAUGUUUAGCACUUAUGAAUGCACGCAGGUGUGUAUUAUAUACAAUGUAUCUUCUUUAUUUUUUAACCACAGAUAAAUUUUUUUUUUAAUUAAUGUCUUUGCACUUUUAUAAGUUGUAAAACAUACAAAACAACACGGUAAAUAUGAUUUUGAAUAUUUUGCUCUGUCAAGAAGGAGAUUGUUUGUAUUUUGACCUGUGACGAUGAGUCAGAGAUUGUUGUCAUUUACGAUCUUUUUAAUCACAUGCCGAAGGUUAGCACGAAACUGUGUCAACUACAACAUCUGCCAGCAGUGUCAGUAACGUCAUUCAGUUGAAAGGGGGAACACACCAUUAUGAAAAAUUUUACGCCAUAGUAGCCUACAUUUUUAUUCAAACAUGAUGACCCCCCCCCCUCAAAGCUGCACCCGCUGCAUCAGACUGUGCACAGGAAAUUGUGUUUGGUGCAACUUGCAGAUUCAGCAGUGCAGGAUGCUUAGCAUCAUUAGCAGAAGAUUUGCACUUUACCCAACAUGAAAACCACAACCUGAAGGAGGAAGUAUGUAACCAAGCUGUUUAACCUUUGCAGUCUUUGUGCACAUUUGUUGCCGAGUGACUUCAUAGUUCUGUCAGUUUUUCAAAUGAUAUUAGUCAGCCUUACAAGAAAGAAGUCAUUUAAAAAAACAAAACAAAAAAAAAGAUAAAAAAAUAAUAAUAAUAAAUAAAAAAAACCUUUUUAAGUUUUAAAGGAGCACAUAAGUCACAUAUAAAUCACUCAAGUUUGUUGAAGAGCUGCAGAUGGACAACUUAUCCUGCCAGUUUACAGGGGUCAUUUACAGAAGUUUAUCAGUGCUGGAAACUCAGUGGGCAUUCAGACACUUCUUCCUGCUCAGGCACCAGAAUUUGUUCCUUUAACUUCAAUGCAAAGACUAUAAUUGCAGGAUGCAUUUUACUGACAUUGUUUGGAUCCACAAGGCCUCUUAGAGAAGGGUAGGAUUUGAUUCUGCUGCACAUUUGCAUCCCAUGUGUAACAUUUGGGCCAAUGUGUUACGCAGCGCUCUCCACCACCAUCAUGAAAAUGUUGUUCCACACUCCAGCAGACUUCCAGAGACUGGGAGAAUCAAUCCCAGAGGUGUCCCAGCACCUUUCUAAGCAACUUUAUGUUGGGUCGUACUUUAAUUAGUUACAGUACUCACCUGUAUUAUGUUUUUUGUUUUUUCUUUUCUUUGCUUCAGUUUCUGGUACAGUUUCAGUUUUUCUGAUAGUUUUUGUGACAUGCUUUCAGACACAUGGGAUUUCUGCCGGAUUUCUGUCAAAUCGAUGCAGCUGGUGGAGGCACAGGGAUUAUGAAAUAAUUUUUGGGAAAGUUAAAUAUUUGAUUUUCAUAAUGUAGGAAAUAGUUAAAGAAUGGUCCAGAUGUUUUGUUUCUAGAUAUUUGAUGCUUAUGUCUAUUUAAAAUAAUGGAUUCAUCAUGAACCCAGAUCAAAAGGAAGGUCUCACAUUUCUUUUACAAAUGUGGCGUCACUGUAUCAUUGAGGGAGUGUGCCUGGUGAAAAGGUGUGAUCUAACCACAACCUUCCUCUCUGUGCUACUUUUACUUUUUGUCACAACUACUUCCACAGAAUAAGGAGCAUCUGCACUGGUUAAUAGUGGUGGAAUUGAACCUUCUUGUAAU